GUCUCGAUUGAUUAUUGAACGAUAUGCGAUCGAUCAACGACACGUCCGCUCAAACAGUUUCGUACGACAUCGAGGAAGAGGACGAAGUGACCGAGGAAAUCGACGAUGAAUUCGAAGAGGAAGGCGGAAGAACGGCUGUUGUGCAGGCGGUGCCGGCGGUGGAUGACGAAGAAAGCGAGGCGUACGGAAUGGAAGACGUGAACUACAAAAUCGACGAUAGGAAAGAGAAAUUGACGACUUACUGUAUCGCCUUUCACGCCGUCAUCGUCUUCGUGCUGUUGGUGCUGCUGUUGUACCCGUUCCUUUUCCGACCGAACAUCAGGUAUAUUAUUGUCAACGUUACUGUUCUUGUUGAAAGCGCCACCAGCUCGCUUAAGGAGAUUAAUAGCAUUACACCCGAAACUUAGUAUUGAGGGGCUUUAAUGUAGCAGUAGUAUUUUAAGAUUUAAUUGGAUGUGGACAAAUCAAAUGCAGGGUUUUAUUAACAUUUAUUUAUUUUAUGCAUUACACUUUGUAUUCCAUCAAAAAUGAUACGUACAAUAAUUGUUAAAAUCUAAUUUUAAAUAUAUAUAAUACACAAUUAACAUAUUAGUUCUAUUAAUCAUUUCCUAAUCUACGUUUCAC